AAUGGGUGCAACAUGUAGUAAUACUUGCUGUACUAAUGAUCAAGAAAUCAAUAGUAAAGGUGGAAAUGAUAAAUAAGAGGUUGUACUAUCAAAAAAUAAAUCAUUAAAAGAAAGUCAACAUAGAAAUAAUAAAGAAACUGAAAGAUUCAACGCAGAUAAUGACUAAGGCAAAUCUGAUGCUAGUAUAAGUAGUGUAAAGAAAGAGAAUUAAUUAAUCUAGAGUACAAUAGGCAAAAUGUACAGAGUCUAAUUAGAAGGUACUAAAGAAUUAAGUUCAUAUAGAAAUUACAUUUUCAGAUGGAACUAUAUAUAAAGGUGAAUGGAUGAAUGGAUUUAAGGAUGGAUAAGGAGUUCUUAAAUGGCCUUCAGGAAGUAUAUAUACAGGAUCUUUUGUUGAAGGUAAACUUAAUGGGAAAGGAAAACUUAUUUUAGAAGAUGAAGAUUAUUAUGAAGGAGAAUGGAAGGAUGAUAAAUGUAAUGGAUUUGGUGUAUAUGUAUGCAAAAAUGGAGCACGUUAUGAAGGAAACGUAUCAAUAUUUGACAUAUAAAUAAGUGGAAAAAUGAUAAGUAACAUGGAAAAGGUAAAGAAAUAUGGUUAGACGGAAAUUCAUAUGAAGGAUUCUACAAUGAUGGAAAAAAACAUGGUUAAGGAAUAUUAAAAUUUUAAAAUGGCUCAACUUAUGAAGGAGAUUUUUAUAAUAAUGAAUUAGAAGGAUAAGGUACUAUGGUUUGGGUAGAUAAAAGAGUAUAUAAAGGAUAAUGGAAAAAGUCUAAAAUGAAUGGAUAUGGUGUAUUAACAUUUCCAGAUGGAAGAGUUUUUAAAGGAGUAUUUAAAUUAAUUUAACAUUUAAAUAGCAUUUUUAAGAUGAUAAAAAGAAUGGUGUAGGUGAAUUUACUUGGAAUGAUGGUAAAAAGUUAUUAUCAAGUUGGGAUAAUGGUAAAUAGAUAUACUAAUUAGGCAAGUAAAAUGGGAUUGGUAUUUGUACAAAUGGUGAUCGGAAAAUAGGAUAUUGGGAAGAAGGAAAAAGAACCAAAUGGCUUGAUGAAUAAGAAAAGAAAUUACAUACCGAAUCAAUUUAAAAAUUAGAACUAGUAAAAUUUAUAUGA